AUGGCACAGGUCAUACCCAGGAGCAACCCCACCUCGGUCCACGUGGCCCCGCGAAACGACCUAGAAGCGGCGUUAUGCGAGGAAUUUGCGAACGUGCUGGGCGUAAAAGUCGGGGUCACUGACAACUUCUUCCAUCUUGGUGGGCACUCCUUGAUGGCGACGAAGCUAGCGACACGUAUCAGCCGCCGACUGGACGUUCGUAUGUCUGUCAAAGACGUUUUCGACUACCCCGUCAUUACCGAACUUGCGGCUACAAUAUCCCAGGGAUCUGAAGUACACCGUCCGAUCCCCCAGAUGGAGUAUAGCGGACCUGUGGACCUGUCAUAUGCCCAGGGCCGCCUAUGGUUCUUGGAUCAGUUAGUGCUCGGGUCAACGUGGUAUAUGAUGCCGCUCGCGACAAGACUACGCGGGCCGCUCCAGCUCGACGCUCUUACUGCCGCGGUUCAUGCGCUGGAGCAGCGGCAUGAGACCCUCCGGACAACCUUUGAGGAGAGGGAUGGCCAAGGCGUUCAAAUUGUCCACCGACCUAAUUAUGAAGCCAUUAAAGUCAUCGAUGUGACAACCGAGAAAGAUGGCACUCACCUCCCGGCCUUAUAUCGGGAACAGAAAGCCACGUUCAAUCUAGCCUCUGAGCCGGGGAUGAGGGUAUGUGUGCUGCGGUUGGGAGAGGACGACCACAUCCUGUCCAUUGUGAUGCACCAUAUCAUCUCGGAUGGCUGGUCUGUCGACGUCAUCCAGCAGGAGAUCAGCCAGUUCUACGCCGCUGCGCGACGAGGCGAAGACCCACUGAUGCGGGUUAGCCCACUUCCGAUCCAGUACCGUGACUUCGCCAUGUGGCAGAAACAGGAAGAUCAGCUGGCCGAGCAGCAGAAGCAGCUGAAGUACUGGAUGCAGCAGCUCGAGGGCUCAUCGCCUGCCGAACUCUUGACUGACCGCCCGCGCCCGAAGGUCCUUGCUGGCGAGGCCCGCUCUAUACCCUUCGCAAUUGAGGCCGAAUUGUAUCAGAGCCUGCAGGCUUUCUGCAAGAUCUAUCAGAUGACCCCCUUCGUGGUGCUGCUUGCCGCGUUCCGUGCCACUCACUAUCGCCUCACAGGAGUCGGGGACGCGUGCAUUGGCACACCGAUUGCGAACCGCAAUAGGCCGGAGCUGGAGAAUAUGAUCGGCUUCUUUGUCAAUACACAGUGCAUGCGCAUUAUCGUCGAGGACGACACGAUGUCCCCUUCGAGCGUAUAG